AUGUCUCAGCCAGAUAUUGCUUUUCGCAUUAUUGUAUUGUUUAUUCAAAGUUGCUCUGGUAAACCUGACAGGAUUGGUUCAAAUGUAAGGAAUUUGAUGCCCAAUGUUCCUUCUUUUAUUGAACCAAUAUUUAUCGAAACUCCAAUUGAGGUUUUGUCUGCAUUCCUUGAUUCUGGUUGUCAUAUGAAAGACACAUUUAGCAUAAAGGAACUUAUUGGUGAUUUCUUUUUUAAAAUAUCUGCAACAGAUGAAUCUAAGAUCCCACUAUUAUUGUCAGUCGUCGGCCAAGCCAAGGGCUUUGAUCAGUUUGAUGUGAGAGCAGACUUUGCUGAUAUUUAUCGGUACUUGCUUGAAUUAUCAACAAAAGAUAAUAUUUCGGAGACAGAAGCUGCAAUUAUCUUCAGUUAUACCAAUGAUCAAGUAAUUUUUGAAAACUUGAUUAAUACGUCUAAGACAAAUGAAGAAUGUGGACUGAAAUUCAUUGAAUACUUCUUAAAGUAUUCUAAUACCGACGCUUUAAGUCAAGAGAAUAAUAAUAUUUCCUUUUAUGGCGACCUUUUUCUUAUUUGCUGGAGGAAUAUUGAAAAGCCCAUCUAUCAAGACUUUCUUUCACUUUUCGCAAAGAAAUUUUCCUCUGUGUUAUUCAUUGAAUCUGUUUACCAGUAUACCUCGAAUUCAUCACUUAAGACUGAUUUCUCUUCAGUUUCAAAAUAUUUGUUAAGCCUUGCCGAAUAUCCUAAUAACGUACUUAAAUUAUUACCGCUUGAGAAAUACUUCGUGGUAAUUAAGCAAGCUGUCGAAUAUAUAAACCUUGAUUUGUUGACAAUCGCAAACCCAUUGGAACAAAAUAUAUUUUUGGUCAAAGGAAAUUCAAAGGAAAACUUUCAUCUAGACCUGUUCUUGAUUACAAUUGGUAAAUUUUUGUUAGAGUUUUCUGAUUAUUUAGAUUCUUCUGAAUCUAACGAAAUAGUGAUUGAUAUAUUGAUUACAUUUGGUAUAAUUGCAGAAUACAUUCACGAUUAUUUCUUUCUACAGAAUAAUGAUAACCGUCUUAGUGUUUUAGACGACCAAAUACUGUUUGUUAGAACUAAAUUGCUUACAGUUUUCAAAAAUAAUAUUAAAGGAAUUAACUUGUCUAGUUUGGUUUCUAUUAUGAAUGAAGAUCAAUCUAUUAAUAUUAAUAACAAUUUAUGCCUUACUGUCUUUAGCCGUUUAAAUAAGGAAAUGACUAAAGAAAGUGGCCUCUCUAACUUGGAGAUGUAUCAUGCUAGGUUGAUGAAGAUCUAUUUGGAUUCGCUCGUGGAAUUGGAGACGUCUCAGUCGUUUGAGUCAGAUGUGGUUAUAAACUUUAAUCGAUUGUUGUCAUCUCCAUUAAAAUUAUCGGUUGUUCUUUUAAGUUUUUCAAAGUUUUACUUCACUUCCAAUAAGUUUGACAGAAUCAGAAAUUAUCUUUCUGCUGAGAUUUUAGGAGUAAAAUCAGACACUCAAAUUCUAGAGGAUGGAUUAAAAUGGUUGACUUUGGUUAUCAACUUUUUCAAUUCUGGUGUCGAUGAACAAGAAAAUCACGAAAUCAUCCCUUUCCAUAGGUUGAAUUUAAUUUUUAAUCAACUUUCAAAAUGGUUAGAGUCGGAUAUUUCUUAUAAUGAGUCAUUUAUAUCUGUUAGAUGUCAAAUAACGAGAUUUUUGAACGAUUUACUACAUGGCAAUAAUGAGAAUCUACCUGAUAAAUUUUGGGGUCUAGCAAUUCACUUAUGCUUAGAUAACCUUGGUAUCGCCCAAACUGAACCUAAUCACUUGGAAUUGCAGUACUUUACGUUGAAGUUAUUUAUUUCUUUAAAUAAAGCUCAGAAAUAUCAUAAUGAUGACUGGAAUGAAAAUAGAGAUUCAUUGUAUGAAGAAAUAUUAGAUUUGAUAGCAAAUGAUAGCAACCACUUGCUGGAUUUAGAUUAUAAUAAUCAACCUGUUUAUUUGUGUCAUGAACUUUUAAAAAGAAUUUGUAAUGAUUACAAAUUUUCAGCUAGACUACUUAAUGAUAAGUUGACAGAUUUAUAUACUUUACUUUCUAAUUCUAAAUUUAUUGGAUUACAAAGAAUCGGAGCAUCUUUAUUACAUGAAAUAAUUUUAACAAACCAACAAGAUUUUGUUGUUGAAUAUCAAUUGCAAAAGAGUAAUUUGGGUAGCUCUGACAACCUUGAUCAAGAUGAUGGUCUAUUCAAAGCUGAAAUACCUGAAAAAUUAAUAGCUUCCAUUCAACUGAUAGAUAAUGCGUUUGCUGAUUCUAUUGAAUUUGAGACUUCUCACGAGGUUUCAAAAGCCUUAUGGAGUUGGUAUUUAAUAUUUGAUCAUUUCAAGAAUAUCACAUAUUCCAUUAGAUCUGAAUAUGUUAAUCAGCUUAAAGCAGGGGGUUAUAUCGACAAGCUCUUGAACUUGAUCUUCGAACUGGUCGAUGUUACUAAUUCUAGUGGAAUUUUGAAAAAGUUGCAUACAAGCGAAGAAUCCAACUAUAAGAUCAAACCAAAUGAUAAUUUGAUACAAUCAUAUAACAUAAACCAUGGAAUAGUAGGAGAACCGUUUAAAUUUGAAAUGAAGUUUUUGCUCUUACAUUUGUACUAUUUGUCAUUCCAAUAUUUAGGAUCUUACGUUCAGUCAUGGUUUAAUAGUAUUCGUGAUCGUCAAUUAAAGCAAAAGAUAGAAAAGUUUUCCAUAAAAUAUGUUUCACCAUUAAUUGUGCACAAAAUUCUCGAAGAUGUAUCGAAAUCUAAGGAUAAAUUAACUAAUAAAGAUGAAAAUAUGUCCAUUAAAGUUAGCAGUGCUGCAAAUGAAAUAAAGUCUGUAUACUUGAUUGACGAGCAAACAAUGGAAAUGGUGAUUAAAAUUCCAGACUCCUACCCAUUAUCUAAUGUCUCAGUUGAAGGGCCAUUGCGGAUAGGUGUUAAGGAAAACCAAUGGAAGGCUUGGCUAUUAGCAUCACAAAGAAUUAUUUCACUUACAAAUGGCUCUAUUAUUGAAUCUAUUGAAUUAUUCAAUAGAAAUGUUAAUCUACACUUUUCAGGUUUUGAAGAUUGUGCAAUUUGUUACUCUAUUUUACAUCAAGACCACUCUCUACCUUCCAAAACAUGCCCUACGUGUCUGAAUAAGUUUCAUGCUGCAUGUCUCUAUAAGUGGUUCAAAAGCUCAGGUGCUAGUACCUGUCCCUUGUGCCGUUCGGCUUUCAACUUCAGAACGCCAAAAUCGGUUGGUUUGAAUGCAUAA